AUGGUCGCAGUAUCGUUCAUAGAUUGUGGUAACUUUGUCUCCAACACCAAAGCUGGGGCAGUUUAUCGGUACCAUUUAUUGUUUAUUAUUGUCAUCUCUAACUUCUUUGCCAUCUUGAUGCAAUGCCUUUGUAUCAAAUUGGGAUCGGUCACCGGGCUUGACCUUGCGGAAAACUGUCGUCGCCAUUUCCCCAAGAAAUGGAACUGGGCCUUGUAUAUCUGUGCUGAGCUUGCGAUCAUCGCUACCGAUUUGGCGGGGGUGGUGGGCACUGCCAUUGCUUUGAACAUCUUGUUUUCCAUUCCUUUGAACUAUGGUGUAUUGUUGACGGUGUUAGAUGUCGUGGCCAUCUUAUUUUUAUACAACCCCGAGAAAUCAAUGAGACAAGUCAGGCUCUUCGAGGUGAUGAUCUCGGUGCUUGUUGUCGGUACCAUCGUGUGUUUUGUAUUGGAACUCUUCAGCCUCAGCAUUCCUGAUAAACAACCGUUGUUUUCUGGGUUCUUGCCAUCAAAAAAAUUAUUGGAAGAUGAAGCAAUAUAUUUAGGGUGCGCCAUCAUGGGGGCCACAGUGAUGCCCCAUUCUUUAUACUUGGGAUCUGCCUUAGUCCAACCAAGAUUAAAAGAAUAUGAUGCUCAACACGGCUUAUUGGAAGAUGAUGACGAGAAUACCAAUGAAAAUGAUGAGCUGUUGCAAUCCAAAUACAAACCGUCGGCGCAAGCCAUCAAGUUUUCGUUGAAAUAUUCGUAUUGGGAACUCAUUAUCUGUUUGUUUGUCGUCGCGACAUUUGUCAAUUGUGCCAUAUUGAUCGUUGCUGCAGCAGCAUUGUACGGGACACCUGAGGCAGAAGAUGCUGAUUUGAUCUCAAUUUACAAAUUACUAUCAUUCUACGUUUCCCGUGGCGCAGGGUUGAUCUUUGUGUUAUCAUUGUUGUUUUCUGGCCAAGCGUCAGGGUUGGUGGUGACGAUCUCUGGGCAAGUGGUAUCUGAAGGGUUUAUCCACUGGAAAUUUACUCCAUGGGUCAGAAGACUUGUGACCAGAUUAAUCUCUAUUGUCCCGUGUAUCCUCGUCACUUAUAGCUCUGGUUCUGCGGGUAUUGGUGAUAUUCUAAAUGCCAGCCAGGUGUUUCUUUCAUUGGUGCUCCCGGUGUGUUCGGCGCCAUUAAUUUAUUUUACUUGCCACAAAACAAUAAUGAAGGUUAGAAGUGGGAAAUUCCUGGCAAACCAAGCCAACUACGGGUCGAAUGAUAAUGAAGAACCGUUGUUAUUUCAAAAAGAUAUUGAUUACUCCAACAGCACGUUGUUGGCAACCCUUGCAGUGACUGCCUGGGUGACGGUAGCGAUAUUGAACAUGGCCAAUAUCAUGUUUAUUUUAAAAGGAUUGGCAUGA